AUGUCUGCAGUUGACACAGAAAAUAAUAACAAAACAGCCGACGGUAACGAUGUUUACCCAUUGGCUUUGCUUAUGGACGAAUUGAAGCAUGAUGAUAUUUCUAAUAGGGUGGAAGCCAUGAAAAAACUUGAUACAAUUGCUAUUGCUAUGGGUCCUGAAAGAACAAGAGACGAACUGAUUCCAUUUUUGACUGAAGUUGCUCAGGAUGAUGAAGAUGAAGUGUUUGCUGUAUUGGCUGAUGAAUUAGGGAAUUUUGUUCCUUUCGUUGGUGGUCCAGAACAUGCCACGAUACUAUUACCUGCAUUGGAAAUUCUAGCAUCUACCGAAGAGACCCUAGUUAGAGACAAAGCCGUCGCUUCUUUGAAUAGUAUUGCAUGCGAAUUAUCCGAAGAACAGAUCUUGAAUGAUUUCAUUCCUUUGAUUGAACAUCUAGCCGCAGCGGAUUGGUUUUCUUCAAAAGUUUCUGCUUGUGGGUUGUUCAAAUCUGUCAUUGUCAGGAUAAGGGAUGAUACUUUAAGAAAGAACCUAUUGGCUCUUUAUUUACAAUUAGUACAAGAUGACACUCCAAUGGUGAAAAGAGCUGCAGCCAAGAAUUUGCCUACUUUGAUUGAUUUAUUAAGACAAAAUCCAAAUCUAUCUAAUGAUGUCGAUUGGGAUUUCAUCUCUAAUAUGUUUCAAAAGAUCAUUAGUGAUAGUCAGGAUUCUGUGAAAUUUCUUGCAGUUGAUUGUUUGAUUGCGAUCUUGAAAUUCUUUAACACAAAGAACGAUGAUGUCCAUUUUAAAGAUUUAUUGACAUCUGCUGUGAAAUUAAGUACUGAUGAAGCCUGGAGAGUACGUUAUAUGGCUGCAGACAAAUUUGAAACUUUGGCUUCUCAAUUUGAAGGUCAUAACGAAUAUUUAACAGAAUUAUUACCACCUUUCUUAGGUUUAUGCGAGGAUAAUGAAAGUGAUGUAAGGAAAGCCAUUGCCAAUGAAAUCCCAGGGUUUGCUGUGUUGUUUAAGGAUCAACCAAACGUUAUCCUAACUAAAAUUUUACCAGCCGUACAAAAUCUAAGUAUGGAUGAAAAUGAAACUGUUAGAGCUGCUCUUGCUUUAAAAGUUACGAAUUUGGUAGAAUUAAUAACUAAAGAUGAAGCUAUUGAAAAUUUGUUGCCUAUAUUAUUAAACAUGUUAAAGGAUGAAUUCCCAGAUGUUCGUUUGAACAUUAUUGCUAAUUUGAAGGUUGUUAAUGACGUAAUAGGUAUUGAUCUAUUAUCAGAAUCAUUAUUGCCUGCCAUUACAGAAUUGGCUAAUGAUAUCAACUGGAGAGUUAGAUUGGCCAUCAUUGAAUAUAUUCCAAUCCUAGCUGAACAUUUAGGUGUUCAAUUCUUUAACCAGCAAUUGAGUGAUUUAUGUCUAUCAUGGCUAUGGGAUACAGUUUUCUCUAUCAGAGAAGCUGCUGUUAAAAAUUUAAAAAAAUUGACUGAGAUCUUCGGCCCAGAUUGGUGUCGUAAUGAAAUCAUAUCUAGAUUAUUAAAAUCAGAUUCACAAUUAUUGGAAAAUUUUAUCUACAGAUUCACAUUAUUGUCAGCUCUAACUGCUCUAGUGCCUGUUGUCUCUGAAGAUACUGUGACGGAACAAAUCUUACCAUUUGUCAAACAUUUGGCUGAUGAUGCUGUUCCUAAUAUUAGAUUUAACGUGGCAAAAUCGUAUGCCGUGAUCGUAGAAGUAUUGAGUGUUCAUAAGGAUCAAUACGAUGAUAUUAUCAACGAUUCGAUAUUAUCAUCACUUAAAUCAUUAUGCGAAGAUUCCGACGUUGAUGUUAGAUAUUUUUCUAACCAAAGUCUAGAGAAAUGUAACAAACUUCUAAACCUAUAA